GGUGCCGCUCCGACGCGGGGCGGCUGCUGCAGGACCUCCGCGGGCGCCAUGGCGCCGUGGCGCGCCUGCGGCAUGCCACUAGGCGGCCUUGGGCCGCACGCCGGAACGCCGCCGGCGAGCUCCCACGAGGACUUCUUGUUCGGCUCCGCGGCUCCGGGUCACGAGCACGGCGUGGCCAGCGCGGCGGCCAGCAGCUUUCUCGGAGCUGAUCAGAGCGCCCACCAUGCGCCGGGCACGGACAGCAUGCAUGUCUCGAUGGCGGGCAUCGGCAUCGCCAGUGGGCUGCGCUCUGCACGCAUGGCGCUGAUGGUCACGGGCGGCAUGUGCAACAAGCUGUUCGGCUUGGGGAUGAUGGGCGUCCUGGUGUACCAGUGCGUGAAGUCGGAGAGGGACCGGGAGGCGCUGCUGCAGAGGCAGCGGCAGAGCGAGCGCCAGCCAGAGUUGGUGAGAGGGGUUGCGAAGCGCUACGGCAGCGUGCAGUCGGCAUCCCAGGCCAUGGAAUGA